UCUCGCUAGCCGAAAGUAGACUGAAACGCACGCGUGUUCACCCACGUGCUGUCAUUCUAUGGUCAUGGGCCCUACUGACGCUAGCCUAGGCACUUACCGCACUUCGUGUGAUCUUUCUUCUAGUUCCCACGUUUAGUUUUCGUGCUUUUCGUCUUUUGAGCAGUCUAUUGGUGUUAUCUCGCCGAAAGUUCUAAGCGCAAUGCCAAAGGCUAAUCAAGCAGAGAAAAAAAGGGCGAUACAAGCCCGAACGUCAAGGCCGGUGCAUCCGAAUAGCCGAAAGGCUCAGCAGAUGGCUAGGAAAAAGAUUCACCACGGCAAAAUCGCAGCUAGGAAGAAGCAGUUGGCCCACAAGCUGAAGAACAAACUCGAGAAGCUUGCCUGGUUUCGUGAGAACCUGCCUACCGUAGAAGCGGACCGACUAUCCCCAGCGGAGUUUGACGCGUUGAUUGAAAAGUACUUCCGGCGAUUUGACGGGGAACUUGAGCAUGUCGAUAACAUCGAACGCAUCCGUGGCACCGUCACUCAGUUCAGAGGGCGAUUAGAUGCCAUUAAGAUCACCCUCGAGAGUGAAAUCCGAAAUUACAAUUCAUGUGGCAUCGAAGCACCAGACUUGCUGUCGCCGGAUGUUUUCAAGCUCUUCAUGGAGUGGGAUGGAAAGUGUGCAGAGUACCUGCCAAAAAUAGACAUGCGUACAAUCUCCAAGGCAGUGCUGGAACGACUGGCACUCAAAUGAGAGAGAAAACAUUUGUUUUCAUUUGUUAAGAGUGUUACAUCUAUAUAUUUAUUUCAGCCUGUAAAAAUGAUGUAUAAAAGCUUUUAAAACUUAC